AGUAUAUAAAAUUGUCAACAUGUUCAGUUCCAAAGAAUAUUUAGAGAAAAAAACGGGACCUUAUGGCAUCGGAAGAUGUAGUUAUCUACAGUCGUUAGUGACUGAAUAUCAAGAUGGUGAUAGUGAAGAAGUGUUUAAUUUAUCAACGGCAUCAUUGGUGGCCUGUGUCGAUUGAACUUCUUCGAUCGUUAAACACGUUGAAGGGUCCAGUAAACCAACAGUUUCAGCGUGCGUGCACAGAAACCAUUUCCUGUUAAUAGGCCAGUUCAUGAUUACUCGAGGAUACAGUCUGGUGCCAAAGUUAAAACACUGUCUGACAUACAGCGACAAAGUGCCAAAUGGAAAGAAGCAGAUUUUGGCUAACCUUGCAAACUUUGCCUAUGAUCCCAUUAAUUAUGAAUAUUUUAGAAAACUUAACAUACUUGAUCUCUUCCUUGAUGCAUUAGAGGAAAAUGAUGAUAAACUUGUGGAAUUUGCGAUAGGUGGUCUGUGCAAUGCCUGUUUGGACAAACAAAACAAGGAUGUCAUACUGAAGAAUAGUGGUAUCCAGGUUGUCAUAAAGUGUCUGUCGAGUCCUAAUGAAGAAACUGUUUUAUCAGCAAUAACUACUCUGAUGUUUCUUGUAACAACACAGUCAAAACCUGAAAUCACCUGUUUACCUGUUGUGGAAUGCAUGCUAAGAUUUGCUGAAGCCCAGAACAAACGGCUCUCAAAUCUAGCUAACGUUUUCCUCCAGGAUUACUGCAGUAAAGAACAAGUGCAAGCUGCUCAAGAAAUUCACCAACAGUUGAUUUCCCAGAAUGCCCUUCAACAGCAAAGCAAAGACUAUCCACCAUGAAUCUUGUUGCAUACUUCUUUGAACUUGAAAACUGCCAUAUUCUCCAAGAGGCAGUGAAAUUGAGUGGUUUUAAUGAUAAAUCACAAUAUAAUGUGAAGUUUGCUGAUGGUAGCUUCGAGACCAGGCAUGAUGGACGUAAUACACAGGGUUGCUAGCAGGAAUGAUUUUAGGGACUAGUGUUGUCCACUGUUCGUCCAUUUAUUCAUGCAAUCAUUACAUUCAAAGGAGACACUGUAUAUCCGAGAUUUCAGCUGCAAGUGAACAAUGUUAUAUGUGAAAUGAAACAUGAUUCUGAGCCUCCCCAGUGAUAUUUUCAGUCACUGUUCAUGAAUAAAGUUAUCAUGGUU